GUUGGGAAUCUUUAAAGUCGACAUUCCGCCAUCUUUCUUUACAUAGCAAGUUAUCAGGACAAAACAAUAACCAUUUCCAAAUAAUAAUUUAACCCAAAUAGAUCUGCUAAAGCACGUCCAUUUGGUCAGAUAUUAUACAUAACACCUUCAAGAAGGAGCAGGUUUGACGGACUUGUAGAUAUUGUGCACAGCCGCUCGGACAAAGCAGUUUGAGAGCGCUCGACUUGUGGAGGUGGACAACAUGGGCCGCUCCCGGAGCCGCAGCUCGUCCAGGUCCAAACACUCCAAAAGCAGCAAGCACAGCAAGAAACGGAGCCGGUCUCGGUCCAGAGACAAGGAGAGGACGAAGAAACGCUCCAAGUCACGAGAAUCUAAAAGGAACCGGCGCAGAGAGUCUCGUUCAAGGUCUCGAUCCACCACAACUUCGUCCCGCAGAGAAAGAGUAGCCUCGCCGCCGGAGCGCCUCGACAUCUUCGGCCGGACACUGAGCAAGAGAAAUGCCCUGGACGAGAAGCAGAGGAAGGAAGAUGAAGAAAGAAAGACCGAAAUGGAAAGACAAAGGAAGAUUCGGCAGCUGGAGAUAGAGGAGAAGCUGAUUGAAGAGGAAACGGCACGGCGAGUGGAGGAGCUGGUGGCCAAGCGGGUUGAGGAGGAGCUGGAGAAGAGGAAGGACGAGAUCGAAGGGGAGGUUCUUCGACGUGUUGAGGAAGCAAAGCGCAUCAUGGAGCGGCAGCUUCUAGAGGAACUGGAGAAGCAGCGGCAGGCAGAGUUGUCAGCGCAGAAAGCUAGAGAGGAAGAAGAAAAAUCUAAGCGGGAGGAGCUGGAAAAAAUCCUGGAAGAGAAUAACCGCAAGAUCGCCGAUGCUCAGGCCAAACUGGCUGAGGAGCAGUUGCGUAUUGUAGAGGAACAGAGAAAGAUUCACGAGGAGCGUAUGAAGCUGGAGCAGGACCGUCAGAAGCAGCAGAAGGAGGAGCAGAAAAUAAUCCUCGGCAAGGGCAAAUCCAGGCCCAAGCUCUCCUUCUCCCUCAAGGCCACUGAAUAAAACUGCUCCCCUGCUGUCCACAUGUCAUGCCCUGCCUUCAUUCCCAUCCAGCUCUCCUUCAUCAUUUGACCCCAAUCCUCCUCUGUUGAACGCUCGCUUCGUUUUGGAAGUGCUGAAGGAAGGCCGAGGAAAGGGGUUCAAACAGACCAUUGUGUUAACUUGCUUGUCCCAAUGAAGCCCCUUGUCCCUCUCUGGCCCUGAAGAGGAGUGCUCCCUCCACCCUUAUCAUCCCUAUGGCACAGAGGACUUGUUUGCUUUUUUUCAGUUUAUUUUCAUAUUUAGGGAACUUGAACUUUUGAUGUAGAAUGCUAUAACUGAUCCCUUGCUCUGCAAGUCUUAAUUUUGGUGUAAUGGUGAACAACUGUGCACCUGUACUCUUCUUACAUGUCAGCAAACUACAAUAUAGUGCCAGUCCCUGAUAUAGAAGAUGUCUAGUUUGUGUAGGUCAGCUAACUGUAAAAGCUCAUGGGCAGCCUGGGAGUGGACGGGUUGUUUUCCUUUUUUUUUCUCAUCAAAUAGCUGAAGUGGUUGACAUAAUGGUGACAAAUCACAGCACAGCCUUUCAAAGUUAACUUCCCAUCCAGCUGACAGGUUUGUUUCUUCCACCUUACUUCCUGUGUAUAUGUGAUCGGAUCACCAUAGAAAUCCACAGUUUAUUUUACUGAUAUACCGCUAAUAUUAUUUGUCACUAAAACAUUAACAUGGCAGCCUGUCCAGAGAGGAUAUGUAAAGCUUAUGUUAGAUUUGAAGUUGCUGCAUUGCAAGUGAACUCAGCCUCGACGUCCAAGCUGCCCAUGACUGAACCACAAACCUUCAGCAGGAUAUGUGUCCCGUCUAUGAUAAGUGGGCUUGUGGGUAACCGAGGAGAGGGGAUGCCUCCUGUAUGAUGUAAUGUUUUUAGCCUUGCUGUGAUGUGUUCGCUCCCACCCCUCUCAAGUAAAGAGUGUGUUAAGAAAUUGAUCCCCAAUUACACAAGGUAACGUUAGAGUCAUGGUAAAUACUUGAGCUUUGUUUAAUCAGACUCAGUGGGAAAUCAGUGAAAUGCACGAAAACUCCCAACUAUAGACUCGAUGUUCUGUCCCUGAACUUUGUUGUAGUAAAUGAACGUGGCAAUGCGCCUCACGUGGUAAGUCUUGAUUCGUACUGGAUGGACAAGUUCAGGUAAGAUGAGGUUUGAGCUUAGUGUGAGUGUGUGAGUGAAUGACUGUGUGUGAGGUUGUGACUGGGGCUGACCUCAGGUGGGUAUAAGAUGUAAUGAGGGAUUUUGAAUUUAUCAUGUAAUUUCCCCCAUUUGUUAAGGGACUGAACAGUUGAGUAAAUCCAUUGAAUGCCUA